AUGAAUCAAAUGAAUGAGUCCAUGACGGGGAAGACCAUGGUCCCGACCAUUCCGUCUAUUAUGUUCAUUUUCGGGGUUGUUGGGAAUGUCAUCGCCAUCGUGGUUCUCUGUAAAUCUCGCAAAGAGCAGAAAGAAACCACGUUUUACACGCUGGUGUGUGGACUGGCCGUCACGGACCUCCUGGGCACACUGCUGGCCAGUCCGGUCACCAUCGCCACCUAUGUGAAAGGCUCGUGGCCCGGAGAGGACCCACUUUGCCAGUACUUUGGAUUCACCUUGCUUUUCUUCUCUCUGGCGGGGCUCAGUAUCAUCUGUGCCAUGUCGGUGGAGAGAUACGUCGCUAUAAACCAUGCUUACUUCUACAAUGACUAUGUGGACCAAAAACUGGCGGGUUUGACUCUUUUGGCUAUCUACAUCUCAAACGCGCUUUUCUGCGCUCUGCCAAUUAGCGGCUUUGGACAGGUGAAGAAGCAAUACCCGCAAACUUGGUGUUUUUUAGAGUGGAGGAGUAACAAGACCAGCGAUGCCGCUUACUCCUAUAUGUAUGCAGGUUUCAGCUCUAUUCUUAUUCUCGCCACUGUUAUCUGUAACGUGGUGGUGUGCGUGGCUUUGAUUCGGAUGCACCGGCGCUUCGUACGCAGGAUGUCGCUGGGAACCGACCAAGGGCGCAACGUGGAUCCGCAGAGGAGGGCACGCAGCUUUGGACGUCUGGCCGGUGCAGAGAUUCAGAUGGUCAUUCUUCUUAUAGGCACUUCGGCAGUGGUGCUUAUCUGCUCCAUCCCACUUGUUGCUCAGGUGUUUUUGAACCAGCUGUAUAAGACUCCAGUGGAGCUGAGGUUGGAGAAAAACCCUGAUCUACGAGCAAUACGCUUUGCCUCUUUCAACCCCAUUCUUGACCCCUGGAUCUACAUCCUGCUCCGCAAGGCUGUUCUUCUCAAGCUCAUUGAGAAAAGCAAGUGCUUAUUUUGCAAGAUAGGAGCACGGCGGCAACAGAGACAGGAAAACUUCCGCUUUAUAGAUGCUCAUCAACUUUCCUCUGCCAUCUCUAACCGGGAUUCACACUUCCUGGUCUCUCAAAACCUGCAAGACUUCACCUGCAGCUCCCAGACCUACCUCUACCUGCUGGAGGGAAGUGAAAUGUACAACGAAAGCUGCCAUGAAGCAGAUGGAGUCUCUGGUUCACAACCUUCAUCGGUCAGAAACUCAAAAGCUUCCUUUUCCUCUGAGCAGGGCAGCGUCGAGGCUCAGUGUGAAGAUGGGACAAAUGUAUUUAGGGAACUUUCAGCUCUGCCGUGUCCAAAAGACCCAGCACUUCAUGUGUCGUUGAGCACUGAGACAGUGGAGGAAAAAUGUAUCUGACUUAUCUCUGAGUUAGAGACGUAGAUUGUCUACUGAAGGACUUCCUCCAAAAGUAAACUUUAAAACCUCGGAAAAAUGAGGGGAAGGCACAUGAAAAUAUUAAAAGACUCUUCUUGUGAAGUCGGGCACAUGAAGCUAGAAAGAGAAAAAGAUACUCUGAAGUGCUUUGAGCUUUAUCGUCCUGUUGCUCUCUGUUUCAGCACCCAGCUACCUCAAGUGAUGACCAUCUCUGACUGUGUGAGCAGAUUUGGUUAUUUUGCCCAAAACAGAUGUUGUAACAGAGACAACACACUUUCUCAUGACGCAAGUGUCAGUGAUAGAAAUAGCUAUCCUUCCUUAUUUCAGUUACUUUAUUCAAUCAUUGUGGAAAUCUUUACCGUAAAGUAGAUAGGGCUCAGUUGUUUAGAAUAAGUGAGUCACAAGCUUGUGGUCAAUACAGUAAAUGAAAGUAAUCACUGACAUGUGUUCAACCAUCAUAUGGAUUGGAUUUAACAGACGCUAUUGUACAGUGUUUCUUGAAGGACGUGUUGCGUUAGUUCCAUCACAGUGCAAUAUUAGUAUGUGGAAAACACAACUAAUUGUUCCUCAGCCCUGGAUAAACACACAUACUGUAUGUCAUCUCCAGUUAUAUCUUUCUUUUUCCUUCAUACAGUGAGGGUACAAAGAAUCGAUGCACAUAACAUAAAACCGAAAGGGGACCAAGAAUCAAAUGUAGUAGCUGUAGUACUCCUGUAGCAUAGUUAUUAACACUAAACCAUUUUUAUCCGGCAUUUACAGAAAAAGUGGUGUAAAUCAGUGAACAAAUGUUGCUUAGGAUGAAAAUAAUUCAUCACACCUGUGAGCUUGAGAAAAAUUGUGUUAUAGAUGAUCAAUGUUCUGCUAUGUAUUGUUUGUAAUAAAACACAUUCUUCCCUCGGGCAAGGUUCUAGUUGAUGAAUCACAACUCUAAAGGAAUCAUCCACCGUCAAGAAGUACGUGUUUGAUGAGUAACUAUGCUCAUAAAUCGCUAUCUUACGCCAUUCCUAUCCAGAAAAAAGGACUUUACAAAAUAUUUUUGUAUUAGUAAUAACAGUUAUUUUCAUUAGCAGUUGCUUCAUUAGCUGAUUAUUGUCACUCAGUGGAUUCAUUAGUUACUCAAAAUGUCAGAAAAUUGUCAGUUUUUGUGAUCUUAUUUUGUGAGACUUUUUUUUCCAAUGGAAGAAUCACCAUUUUUAACAGUCUUAAUUCAAUUCAAGUCAACAGACACCAUCAGCUGCGGUCUUACCACUAUAUAUAAAAGACCGUACUUCUGAACCCCUGUUUGUUCGAGCUUUUCCACUUAAAUGAGCUUUAUGUCUUAGUUUCAGCAGCUUUAAAGCACACAGUCUGCCUCUUUUCCCUGUUAUUAAAUCGGCUCCAGUUAGUAUGCCACGGAUUAUGUUCUUGCCUUUCUUGUUUCUCUUGUUGCUGUGAAUUUUACUUGCUCAUGAGUAAAAGUGCGAGUCACGUCCCUCAAGAUUGUAUGGUGUAAUUAUAUUUGGUUAAAGGUAAAGUGUGACACACAAGAUUGCCUGUUAAACAAGGUAUUUUAAUGUAUGUUUUAAUAUCUUUAAAUUAUGCAUUUUAUUUUGUGUUCCAUUUAUAUGUCAAAAUGUAUAAUGCAGCUGUAAAUUAUUGCUGACACUAUUGUUACACAGCAAACAUGACCUUUGACCUGUCAUCACAUGUUGUCCAUAUUAAGCGGAAGUUAAUAAUUUGAGCACCAAGUUUCUCACACUCUUUUUUGUCCUGCCGAGGUUUAGUGAUAUCAUCUCAUGACCUCCAUUAGCAAAUGGCCUUGAGAAUAUCAGGCUUCUCCAAAGUUUAUAGACAAAUAUACAAAUUGUUUAACACUCUGGAAUAAGGUUACGGAAAACAUAGAUUUUUCCAAGUCUACAAAAAGCCUCUGGGUCUUGGUAAUGUGUCAAAUUGCUAAUACCAGACACACAUAGAAAAAGAGAG